UGGAGAUUCGCCGUCUCCCCCUCUCGUCUAAAAGCGGGCAAAGCAGAGACGGUGGAGGCAGGCAGAGCCGCCCUGUCGCCGGCGCGGCCUCCUGCUCCUCCUCCUCCUCUGCCACCGCCUCCCAACUCCCAGCGCGCAGGGGCCGACGGCGACGGGAGGGGAGAAGCGGCAGAGGUAGUCCGAGGAGGGGCGGGGCCGACGGCGACGGGAGGGGAGAAGCGGCAGAGGUAGUCCGAGGGGGGGCGGAGAGAGGCUGCGCCGUCCCACUCCGUCCGGUGCCUCAGCCCCCGGAGCCCCUUCGCGAAGGUUCGGGAAUGGCGCACUGGGUUAGCGACGGUGAUGGCAGUGACAGCUUCGAAUGGGAUAGUGAUGGCAAUGGGGAGGAGGCAGGGAGCUUCAACACUGCUGGUGCCAGUUCAUCAGCAAUGGCAUCAACGAACACUGACGCUCCAGGCCCAUCGAGACGGGUAAGCCAGGUUGCUAAUGGCAAUGGGAAGGCUGGGCCAUCUGCCUCUUUGGUUCAGAGGUAUAUAGACAUGGGUUUCGCAGAAGAGAUUGUUGUGAAGGCCAUAAAGGACAAUGGCGAUAAUGGAGCAGAUGCAUUAGUUGAGCUGCUUCUUACUUACCAGGAACUAGGCAAUGACCUCAACGUGGAUAACGGCUUUGCUUCUGGUUGUGUCCCCCAAACUGUUGACGAUAGUGGUGAUGAUGACUUUCUAGAAAACUGGGAUGAUUUAGAUGCUGGUGGGAGAAGCACCAGAGUUGCUAAUUCUGUUGAUGAUUCUGGAGACGAGGAUUUCUUACAUGAGAUGUCACAGAAGGACAACAAAAUUGAUUCCUUAGUUAAAAUGGGGUUUCCUGAAGACGAGGCUGCACUGGCUAUUACUAGAUGCGGGCAGGAUGCGUCUAUUUCUGUUCUGGCGGAUUCUAUCUAUGCUUCACAGACCGCAGGAGAUGGUUAUUGUGGCAAUUUGUCUGACUAUGAGGAUGGAGGGAGAAACAAAGGAAGGUUCAUGGAUGGGAACAACAAAAAGAGAAAGAGAUAUGGAAGUCAAGCACUGGGAAGUAGAGGCCCAUUAGAUGGUAGCGCUGAUGAACCCAUGCUGCUCCCAAAUCCAAUGGUUGGAUUUAGCUUGCCAGAUCAGUGGCCAAGACCAGUGAACAGAGAUCUACCUGCACUAGCUAUGGGUCCACCAUACUUCUACUAUGAGAAUGUUGCUCUUGCUCCAAAAGGUGUCUGGACUAUCAUAUCAAGAUUCUUGUAUGAUAUUCAGCCGGAGUUUGUGGACUCGAAGUACUUCUGUGCUGCUGCCAGGAAAAGAGGUUAUAUACACAAUUUGCCACUUGAGAACAGGUCACCUCUCCUCCCUAAACCUCCAAGGACAAUAACUGUAGCAUUUCCUCAUACCAAAAGGUGGUGGCCAUCAUGGGACCCAAGACAACAGUUCAAUUGCCUCCAGACUUGUGUGUCUAGUGCAAAACUGUUAGAGAAGAUUCGCGUAACCCUUACAAACAGUUCAGAUCCACCUCCUCCAAGAGUUCAGAAGCUGGUGUUGGAGGAGUGUAGGAAAUGGAAUCUUGCUUGGGUUGGCUUAAACAAGGUUGCUCCUCUAGAGCCUGAUGAGAUGGAGUUUCUACUCGGCUUUCCGAAGGAUCACACCAGAGGUAUCUGCAGGACAGAGAGGUUUCGAUCUCUAGGAAAUUCAUUUCAAGUUGAUACUGUUGCUUACCAUCUCUCAGUCCUCAAGGAUAUGUACCCAGAAGGCAUGAAUGUACUAUCUUUAUUCUCUGGUAUUGGAGGAGCAGAGGUGGCUCUCCACAGGCUUGGUAUACGCAUGAAGACAGUUAUUUCAGUAGAGAAGUCUGAGGUCAAUAGGACAAUUCUGAGGAGUUGGUGGGAUCAGACGCAGACCGGUACUUUGAUUGAGAUCAAUGAUGUGCAGACACUGACAUCUGAGAGGAUUGAGGCAUAUAUUAGAAGAUUUGGCGGCUUUGAUCUUGUGAUUGGUGGAAGUCCCUGUAACAAUCUUGCUGGGAGCAACCGUCACCACAGAAAUGGUUUGGAGGGCGAACAUUCUUCAUUGUUCUUUCAGUAUGUUAGGAUCUUAGAGUCCGUCAAGUCCAUCCAGCGUUUAUAGUCUUUAGGAUCUUCAUUGUUUUGGUUCUGGAAUUGUAGCAUCUUUCGUUGUGAUCAAACUUGUGAAUAAUUUGAACGUCGACUGGUGUAAUUCUCAUGUCACUCUAAUUUAGGCUACUUUUAAUUUUAUCCCCUUUGGUGAUUAUGCAAACUGAUGUUGGUGCAAUUCUGUGGCACUGUUUGGUGACCAAAGUGUUGGUGCAGUUCUGUGGCACUGGCAGUUCUAAUACUA